AUGCGGCCGCUCGCUUCUCUUACGCGUUCCUCUGGCAUGGCUCCAGUCUCCUGCGCUAUGCUUCCAGCCCCCUUCCAGCGUCGGCUGCCGUCGUGGCUGUCUCCUCGCGCCCUCGGGGCUCACAGCUCUUCUUGCUUCUCGCCUUCUUGCCAGUCGCUUCCUCCCGCCUUCGCAUCUUCUCUCCCGUUUUCUCUCCCGUCUUCGUGCGCACCACCUGCUGCGCUUCUCUCUUCCCCAGCUUGCCCCGUCUCCUCGUCCUUCUCUCCUUUCUCUCCGUUUUCCUCGCCUCCCUUCCCUGCGCUUUGUGUCGCGCGCUGCGGCCUGGCGAGUGGGAAGAAGAAGAAGAGCCACGCUCGCGAGGACGGCAGAGAAGAGGACAAACGCAUGCGGAAGGUCAUAAAAAUCAUUGGCGGCGACGCAGACGACGAAUUCGCUCCAGCAGACUCGUCGCGGGCUCCUCGAGGCGUCGGCGGAAAGGCGCAAGGCCUCGAGCGCGCCAAGGCCCGAGGCCUCGUGAGGGGAGGCCGCGGCGAAGACUCCGACGAGGACGAGCCUCGCAGCCCCCGGAAAGGAGACAGUUCGUCUGACGCAUUUAACGUCGCGAGCUACGAAGAAGAGAUGAAAGCCGCUCUCGACAAAAUGGUCCAGGACGUCUCUGCUCUCCUCGUUCACCGAGAGCGUGCCGAACACUUUGAGCGCAUUCCCGUCUCCGCUGGAGGCGAGAAACGGCGCCUGUCGGACCUCGCACAAGUCGUUGUGCGCGGCGCCUCGACAGUCCACGUGCAUGUCUUCAGCGAGGCAAACCUUUCCAAGGUCAUGUCCGCGCUGCGAGCCGCCGACCCGAAAUGGACUCUCCAGCAAGAAGGCGCCACGGCGAUUCGGCUCCAGCUUCCCAAGGUGACGCCCGAGAUGCGCGAGGAGCUAAAGACGAAGGCUCGCGUCUUCCUUGUCACGGCGAAAAGUUCGGUGAGAAAUCUCCGGCAAGCUGCUCGCAGUCACCUGCACAAGUUGCAAUUCAAAACGAGGAGCAUCGACGACGUGAAGAGGCGAGAGCUGGACGCUUCGCUUACGUCUCUGAUGGAGGCGUACGUGGGAAAAUGCGACAAAGUUUUCAACGAGAAAAUGCAACAACUGCUGGGGUAG